UCCAACUCAGCCAGCUCAACUUGUCACAGACUGCAAUCAGAGAAUGAAUGUGCAUAGCUAGCUAGCUGAUAGCUUCGGCAAUGUUGUCACUAUCAGAAUGAUAUCACAGCGGGACCGAGGAGAACUCGCCAGGUUUUACACUGUGACGGAUCCGAAAAAGCACCAGAAAGGCUACACUGUAUAUAAAGUCACCGCAAGAAUAAUAUCAAGGAAGAACCCAGAGGAUGUCCAAGAGAUAAUAGUAUGGAAGAGAUACAGUGAUUUCCGGAGACUACAUCACAAUCUCUGGCAGCUGCACAAGAAAAUAUGUAGCCAGUCUGAGCUUUUUCCUCCCUUUGCCAAGGCCAAAGUCUUUGGUCGAUUUGACGACUCAGUGAUCGAAGAAAGAAGACAGUGCUCUGAGGACCUCCUACAGUUCUCUGCAAAUAUUCCAGCGUUAUACAAUAGCCAGCACAUCCAAGAGUUUUUCAAGGGAGGUGAGGUCCAUGACGGCUCAGAGCUCAUUGGCCCAGCUGAGCCCUUUUCUGACUUCCUUGCUGAUAGUUUAUCAGACUGUAGUUCUGAUGUUCAAAGAGACAUCAGUGGUGCAGAUGAUUUGACCCUCACAUCUGAAUAUGGAGGCCCGUCCAGUGACAGUGACCUGACCUCUCUCGCAGUCGAUACAGACUCAUUGGCCGGGUUGGAUGAUGGCAUGGCCUCAGGUCGCACCUCCCCUAACCAGCCACAUGGGGGAGCCCCUAACAUUAGUAGUAGCUGCAGCCCUCGCUUGCCCUCCUUCCAUGACCGUCGGACCCCAUCACCUGCCCCCGUCCCUGCUUCUUCAGCCCCUAACCCUGACGUCAGCUGGCCAAGUCGAACAGGAGUCUUUUCUGGAAGUCUGAAUAGUGGAAGUGUUGCAAAGCCUAAGGACGUCAAGUCAGACUACCUUGACAAAGCCAGUGAGCUCAUCUGUGUUGCUGUCCAAAAAGAGAAAGAACAGGACUACCUGGCAGCGUUUUCUUUCUACCGUAGCGGAGUCGACCUGCUUCUGCAAGGAGUACAAGGUGAGCCAAGUGCUGCCCGACGAGAGGCAGUGAAGAAGAAGACUGCUGAAUAUCUUAUGCGUGCAGAGCAGAUAUCCAGUCAGCAUCUGAGAAGUAACAUGGGCCAAGGGUCAACACAGACGGUGGCAUUCGGGGCACAGUGCUGCUCUUCCUCUGGCAGAGGAGGGCAGCAGAGUCCAUCUGAAGAGCUGACAGCUUACAGGGUGUUAGGAGUCAUAGAUAAGGUUCUUCUGGUCAUGGACAAGAGAACACAGGAGACGUUCAUCCUGAAAGGUCUGAGGAAAAGCAGUGACUGUGGGCGGACUAAGAAGACCAUCAUGCCUCUCUCGGUUCCCCAUAUGGUGCAGCUUAGAAAGUUUAUCGUCUCUGAGGACGUAGUUUUCCUUCUGCUGCAAUAUGCUGAGGGCGGCAGGCUGUGGUCUCACAUUGGGAAAUACCUUCUUAAUUCCAGUCCUGAGGAGAGCUUUGACAUUCCUUUUAUCCAGAAGAGCCACACGACGGCUGUGCACUCGCCUCUAAACACUGUACCACAGCUGUGUGUGGGUUCAUCCAGCUGUGAUUCGGAGCCUGCUGCCCGUCCAGAUUCUGUACUCAAAAAGGAAAGAGAAACCCCCUCUGUGUCUCCUUUAAAACGUGCGCUCCCUUCAGGCCUCAGUGAACUGACUGGAGCUAAGUCAGAGUCCGGAGCUACUUCUGAGGAGGAGUGCACCAACAGCUAUUUGACACUUUGCAAUGAGUAUGAACAAGAGAAAGUAGAGCCAGAUGCACUAGAAGAGGAGGAGGAGAAGAGUGAACAGGAAAUGCUUUCCUUGGAGGUGCCAAAUGCAACAACCACCACGUCCUCGCGUAGCCGCUCACUUCUAAGCAACGACAGCCUGUCUUCCCCCAUCAGUUCGCAGGAGCUGGGCUUCUUCAGCGAGUUGUCGGACAAAAGUGAACACACCCAUGACAAUGACCAAUACCAGGGGGAUGGACAGGACCUCAGCGAAGUCUUCAGUCCUCUACGGUCGCCUGCUGGGCCUCUGUCUUUGGAUCAGUCCAAGCACACGCCAAUGGAGUUUUUUCGUAUUGACAGCAAGGACAGCACAAGUGAGGUGACCUGCCACGACUCAGCGGAGCAGCGGCCUUCUCUCAAGCAGAGCCCCUUGUUCUGCGCAUCUGAACUGAGCUGCAGUGUCUCCGAGGAUGUCCCUGAGCACGCUCAAGAGGUUAAAGGCCCAAGCUUGGAGUUCUGGGGGUUGGACUGUAGCGAUAAAGGCUCCAACGAGUCAGUGCCGGUCAUCUCAUUCAAAGACGCCGUAGUGGAAGAUGAAGGCCAUCCCCCCGACCUGUUGGUAAACCUUCCUGUGAUGAGCGGGACUGCCGGCUCAUUACAGGAAGAAUUGGAAAACUCAGGAGUGUGUCUGGGUCUGGAGGUCACAGCCUCUCCUCAGAAGUGUAUCCAGCCGGAUGUUUUACAGCUACACAACCAGCCGGAGGAAGAGGAGGAGCCACUACCGCAGCAUGAGCUUUUAUCUUUCGGUACGGCCUCUGCAGCUUGUGACACGAGUGUAGCAUCUACACCUCCUUUCAGCUCACCGUGGGAUGACAGCUUGGCGUCUGGACAAGAGGCCUCUGACAAAAUGACCGAUCACCCUGAAAGCCAAAACAAUGACCUGCCUCUUGACACAGGCAUUCCAGAAACUGAUUGUCAUAAUGAGAAACUAGAGCCAGGUACAGGAGAAAACACAGACUUCCCAAAGCCAAGUGACAGCAGCUCUGUCUCAGCCAUAAAUGGAGCUCAGGCCUGUGCCGUGGUUGGGAGUUUAUUAGAGCUUGAUGGGGAAUCAUCAAAAGCUAUUAGUAACACAGGAGGCACUGAAUUUGAUAAAGAAGUGUCGCGGCUGUUCGCAGAACUGGACAAACUGUCGCUGGCUGCGUCCCAAGCUCGUAUCCCGGAGGAGUUUGCACGGUGCUGGGCAGCAGAGAUCGUGACAGCCUUGAAUUCUCUGCACCAAGAGGGCAUCAUCUGUCGAGACCUGAAGCCCAACAACAUUCUGCUUGAUCAUCGAGGUCAUGUUCAGCUCACGUACUUUUGUAGCUGGUCUGAUGUGGAGGAGUCCUGUGACAAAGAGGCCAUUUCCAACAUGUACUGUGCACCAGAGGUGGGAGGUAUAAGUGAGGAGACGGCCUCGUGCGAUUGGUGGAGUUUGGGCGCCAUCCUGUUUGAGCUCCUAACAGGCACGACUCUGCUGCGCUGCCAUCCAGCAGGAAUCAGCCGCCACACGGUUCUGAACAUCCCCGAGUCCGUUUCAGAGGAGGCCAGAUCUCUGCUGGAGCAGCUGCUCCAGUACAACCCGAUGGAGAGACUCGGAGCUGGCGCAGGAGGAGUUGACGAUAUCAAAUCCCACCCCUUCUUUUCCACGGUGGACUGGCCCAAAUAGAUGCAGCGCAUUGUGGAACUGCGCAAAGAAGCUGCACACGUACAGUAAAUCCAGAUUAUGCAUCUCUGCACAAAUCUCCCCUUUCAUGUACGGCCAUCCAUUUCACAUACAAUAACAUUUGAUCUAUAGCAGCAGUGUUCCCUUCUUCACAAAAACUCAUUUCUUUGUCACAUAUUUUGGUUGAGGGAAAACUCUACACGUGUCCAGUGCAGUCAUUUCAAAAGCAAUUGCACCUACUGAGUGUUUAGCCACUACGACAGUUGCGUGUGUACUCUGCAUUCAGUAGCUGUAAACUAAAAGAAUACAAGCGGCGUGGCUGUGUGCUUAUGUUCUCACUGCAUUAAUGACGUGCUGUAAGGCAUCCAUUCAGACUGACACAGGCUUAGGAUGCAUAUGUGCAAUCCAUUAUUUUGUUUUCCUCUUUGAAACUUGUACCAUUCCUCACGGAGCCCUUUGAGGGUUAGCUGACAUGGACUGUGUACCAUUGAUUGAUAAUCUGACAAUUAAUUCUUUCCUACAAUACCCUUUUGUUUUUGUUUCUUUCUUUUUGUGCACAAGCCUGUGAAAAAUAACAGACGGACACUAUGCAAGGUGAAUGAAUACGGUAUUUAGAGAUGUGACGCGGGUGUUUUUUCUUUAAAUUAGUCAUAGAAAAAAUAAAUUAUUCAAUGAAUUAUUACUGGAAUGAGCUUUAUGGGAAGUUCUGCCUCUGUGUGUACAGUGCGUGUAUUUCAUUCGAGAAGUAAAAUUUUAAGAAACACCCACACGCAGAUUUGUAAAGAGCCCUUUUACAUUUUUUGAAAUUGUUUUUAUGAAUAUCAGAGGAAAGUCUCUGCAUUUUGUGCAUGUAGGGUUUAAAUUGAUGUAGUAUAUUUAAUACAGUGAAAAAAUGAUAGAAUAAUGAAUAAUGUGUGUCAUGUUAAUAUGCCUUUUGAAGGAUGUACACCCAGGUGUCAAGUUUUCAUUGUGUCCAACCUUUAGACAGUUGUUAUCAUAUCAGUCAGGUCCUUAUUUGAUUGUGUCUUAACAUAGAUUAGAAGGCUAGAUUUGUGAUAUCAGUGACUGGUUUACAUUUUUAUUGUCACAGUCCUUGCCAUAUAUCACUUCAUAUAUAAUCAUGUGAGACCUUUAAGAGUUGUGGAGGCAUACUAAAUGCUCUGAGACAUUUGCCUGAACAAUACUUGGAUAAUCACUCCACUGUAAGUGCUACCCAGUUUUUCCUCCUGAUGCAUGAUAAGAAGACAAUAAAUUACUAUAUUCUUCAUAUUAACAGUUUUUUAAUCCGGCGCGUAUUUACCGUCUCGUCAGAUGUGUUUUUUUUUUUUUUAUAAUGCCCACACUGUGUCGUGUCAGCGCACUCUGGAAAACAAUAAACAUACCUGGAUGUGUACGUCUACAUCAGUGAUGGCUCCUCUCUGUGUGGUGCCUUUUUCCCCCUCUGAGACUA